GAUUCGAUGGCCAGUGCCAUUCUCGCGAGUGCAGUCCAAGUGCCAACACUUGAUGCAGGUCCGACCCAUCUCUGCCGUAUUACGUAUUACACACUUUUUGUACGAAAUUCGUACUUUUCUCUCCACAUAAAGUAACAGGCUUAGCUCCACCUAGCAAAAAUUAGCCCGGAAAGAUGCAGCGUCUGAUGGCACGUGGACUGGGGGCAAUGGUAGCCAGGGGCAGGGGGUGCACCGUGAUGAGCUGGUCCGCGUGCCAGCAGUCGGGCACCUGGCGGGGCUUCAAUUCGGGACCUGUACUCACCUCCGAUCAUUACUCUGGAACUAUGGAUGAUGUUACUCGUACCAUUCGGGAGCAAUCGGGGGUGGACAUUGGCUAUCACAUCAUACCUAAGCCUCGGGAUCACCUUCUGGCAUAUCAGCCGAAAAGAGAGGACUUGGAGCCCAGAUCCAUGUUGGACUCGCACUCGACAGCCAUUAUACCACUCAGCGAGGGUGAGCAGAUUAGGGAGCGGUACGUCAACCACCUUGGAAGGGUGAGAUUGGGUCGCAUACUGGAGGAGCUUGACAUGUUUGCUGUUUGGAUGUGCCACCGACACGUAAAGUUGCCCAACCAUCCUAAGGAUGUCCCCCUGCCUUAUACGUUUGUCACAUUACUUGUGGACAAGGUGGAGUUCUCGAAUGUGGAACGGCUGAAAGUCAACCAAGACAUUCAGUUGAGUGGAAAUAUCACGUGGGCGGGUACCAGCUCCAUGGAGAUCACAAUCUAUGUGCGACAGAAGGACUAUGACGAGAACAUUAACAUGACCAAGGCCAUUUUUCUGAUGGUUGCUCGGAACGCUACAAAUACCGGUGCGGCGCCCAUAAAUCCUCUCAAGCCCGAAGGGGAUAUCGAGAAGAAAAUCUGGGAGGAGGCGGAUAAGAGGCAAAAAUCACGCCGUAAUCAGGCGAAGGAGUCCGUGUUCAAUUCACCGCCACGGGAGCACGAACAGGCUAUAAUGUACGAGAUACUGAGGAGGACCACCCCACCCAAUGGCAUGGAUCUGAACAAGAGGGAGCUGCCUGCGCGAUGUCGCUGGAUGGAGGACUCCAUGCAGUCGACAAUGAUUGCGCCGUUCCCAGAAAACAGGAAUGCCCAGAAUACCAUUUUUGGUGGCUACCUCAUGCGACAGGCGGUCGAGAUUUCUUUCAUCCAGGCUUCCCUAUAUCAGGGGGGACGACCGCUGCUCGAGUGCAUCUCGGAUAUCAGUUUCAUGCAGCCUGUCGAAGUGAACACCUUUCUCCAGAUGACGGCGCAUGUCGUGUACACGGCCCAGAACUACCUCCAGCUGAUGACGGUGGCGCAAAUUUGGGAUGUGAGCGGAACAGUCCGGACGACGAAUGUGUUCUACCUAACAUAUAAGGCGGACAGAAUACUGGACGAGGUCCUGCCACGAACCUACCGGGAGAUGCUCUGGUACGUCCACGGGCGGAGAAAACUGCUGAACGCUCUCGAUCUUCAGCCAGAGUACCCUGAUCCCAAGGAAAAAACCAAAGUGACUUCAGCGAAAGGCACUUGAAUACUUUGGUUAUUAGUGAAAUGGAACCUAGUAUAUGUUAGUGAAUAUGCUGUUUUCAGGCUUUAAAAGUGUCCCAACAUCUUGUCCUUAAAUAAAACCUAUCUAAAUUUUAGCUAAAAAUAAUUUCUCAUAAAAA